GCUGAUCAUUUACUAGACAUGGGAUUUCGCAAAGAUAUUGAGAAGAUAUUCGCUGCAAUCCCUAAACAACGACAGACACUUAUGUUUUCUGCAACAAUUCCCGACGAGGUGCGCCAAGUCUGCCAUAUUGCUAUGAAAAGGGAUUUUGAAUAUAUUAAUACAGUUCAGGAGGGUAGUGAGGAUACACAUUCACAGGUCCGCCAAAUGCAUUUAGUUGCACCAUUAGACAAGCAUUUCCCUUUACUCUAUGCUAUUCUGAAGGAGCACAUUGCAGAUGAUGUUGACUACAAGGUUCUUGUUUUCUGCACAACCGCUAUGGUCACAAGACUUGUUGCUGAUCUCCUUGGGGAGUUGAACUUGAAUGUGAGAGAAAUCCAUUCAAGAAAGCCUCAGAGUUAUAGAACCAGAGUUUCUGAUGAAUUCCGGAAGUCAAAGGGUCUCAUCUUGGUUACUUCGGAUGUAUCUGCACGUGGAGUUGAUUAUCCAGAUGUUACUCUUGUUGUACAGGUUGGUCUACCGGCUGAUAGAGAACAAUAUAUACAUCGACUAGGUAGAACGGGGCGAAGAGGAAAAGAAGGGCAGGGCAUACUGCUACUAGCUCCUUGGGAAGAGUUCUUUUUAGCUACUGCAAAAGAUUUACCUAUUGGGAAAGCUCCGGUCCCUUCAGUUGAUCCUGACACUAAGAAAAAGGUGGAAAGGGCUCUAUCCAAUGUGGAGAUGAAAAAUAAAGAAGCAGCAUAUCAGGCAUGGCUUGGUUACUACAACUCUAACAAGAAAGUGGGGAAAGAUAAGUAUAGGUUAGUGGAGCUUGCAAAUGAGUUCAGUCGAUGCAUGGGGCUUGAUAGCCCUCCAGCUAUUCCUAAGCUUGUCCUUGGCAAGAUGGGUCUUAAAAAUAUCCCUGGUUUACGUUCCAAAUAGGUUUCCAUUCAAUUUCUGA